ACUCCUCAAAGUUUAUCUGGUCGGGUUGGGCAAAAGCUAACAAGAAAAGGGCAUAAAAAAAGAAAAGACAUAUCUGAUCAACCCGGCCCACUUUAACCUCUUUGUUGGCCGCGCUACAUGUUCUAACGCGGCCAUCUCACAAAGAACAUAUAUUAAAUUACACACACAAGAUUCAAAAGCUUAAAGCUUUGAUAGUAACCAAGAAAGAACCCUAGCUUGCAUCACAAGCCACAUCUUCAUAAAACACGUUAGCUUCCUAUCACUCUACUUUAUACAAAAAAAAUGGUGAGAAGAAGAGAAAACCUUACGUUAUCAGUCUUAACACCGCCCCUUGGCGAGGCCAAGACGGCAGCAACAACUCCGGUGGGUUUACAGAAGCCGAAGAAACGGUUAUCAAAACAAUUAUCUAUGUUGGAGACACCACGAGACAUUGCUUGGGAAAGAAGAAGACGUCAGAUGAUAAUGAUUCAGGAGAAGAAGAUGCUUCACAAAGGCGUUUCAGACAAUCUUAGUGAACAGACUAAACUAACAGAUGAGGAUUUAAACGAGCUUAAAGGAUCCAUUGAGUUAGGCUUUGGUUUCAGUGAAGAAGCUGGACAAAAGCUUUGCAAUACUUUACCAGCUCUUGAUCUUUACUUUGCAGUGAACCGUCAGCUCUCUCCUCUCCCAUCACCUAGCAGCAGCAGCCGUACUAGCAGCGCAUCUUCAUCAGCUUUCUCGAUGAGUAUUCCUGGUAGUCCCAAGAAAACUGAUUCAGAUUCAUUGAAGAUAGUAUGUCCAGGGGACAAUCCUCAACAAGUGAAGCAGAGAUUGAGACAUUGGGCACAAGCAGUUGCAUGUUCUGUGAUGCAGACUUAUUGAUAAAGUGUAUAUGUGAUUGUAAGCUUCAAUCACUCAGAUUUUCUUUUGAGAGAUAGGAAGUUCAAGAAUCAUUUAAUCAAGAUUCUGAAGACAAGAAAAGCAUAAAAAAGAUAGAGAAGAAGAUUGUGUAUAUACUUUUAUGCUAAGGGAACAAAAGAUGAGAAAACAAAAAAUGUCUUUUCUUGUUCAUAAACUGUAUACCCAAAAAAAGAAAAAAUUCGGUAUGGUCUUGGACUUGAUAAUUAUAAAAUGAGAAAUUCUUCUAAUC